CGGGGAGCAGAUUCGUAAAUAUAAGGCCUCUGGGCUCCUGCCCACUUCCUGCUGCACUUGCACUUCGCCGCCGCCAUGCCGCCCUACACCAUCGUCUACUUCCCCGUCCGAGGGCGCUGCGAGGCCAUGCGCAUGCUGCUGGCUGACCAGGGCCAGAGCUGGAAAGAGGAGGUGGUGACCAAAGAGACCUGGCUGCAGGGCCCACUCAAGGCCUCCUGUCUGUACGGGCAGCUCCCCAAGUUCCAGGACGGAGACCUCACUCUGUACCAGUCCAAUGCCAUCCUGCGACACCUGGGCCGCUCCCUCGGCCUCUACGGCAGAGAUCAGCGGGAGGCGGCGCUGGUGGACAUGGUGAACGACGGUGUGGAGGACCUCCGUAAGCGCUGUAGCCACCUCAUCCGCCAUGACUAUGAGGAGGGCAAGGCCCGGUAUGUUCAGGAGCUGCCUGGGCACCUGAAGCCUUUUGAGACCCUGCUGGCCCAGAACCAGGGAGGCCAGGCCUUCAUCGUGGGUGACCAGAUCUCCUUCGCUGACUACAACCUGCUGGACUUGCUGCUGAGUCACCAGGUUCUGGCCCCUGGCUGCCUGGACUCUUUGCCCCUGCUCUCGGCCUACGUGGCACGCCUCAGCGCCCGGCCCAAGCUCAAGGCGUUCCUGGCCUCCCCCGAGCACGUGAACCGCCCUGUCUUUGGAAGCCGCAAGAUAUGAGCCGGCUCGGCCUCCCCAGGAGAGGGUCGCCCUUGGGAACCAAUAAACACAGGGA